GGCUAUGGGUGUAGAUGUGACUCUUACAGCUAGCUAGGUUGAAUUAAAGUAGGUGUAAUUCUAGUCGGGCUCUGGCGUUGAGAUUGUUGUCAAAGAAACUACGGUUUUUCUGCAGCGUGUCCUCUGGUCAGCUAAUUAAGAGCAUUAGCUAGGAAGGUUAGCUAGCAGUGUCGUUAGCUUGUUACUGUUACGCUGAAGCGUUUGGGACUAGCUUGUUAACUAACCUAACGUUAGCUAUCUUAGCUGUAGUUUAACAGCCAAUUGUCUAGAGUGUCUGUGUGGUUAGUGAGAUUAUUUUUUAGUAUUUCCAAAAUGGCUUCUAGUAUCACAUCAAUAUUCAACAUAAUUAGCUAGCCGGGCAAGUUUAGUUUGCUAACUCAGGUGAUAGGCCAUCGACUGACAGAAAACAAGCUAACGUUCCGUUAACAAGUGGAUUACUCCGACCAGCUGCGUCCUCCAGCCUGGUCCGAACAAACACAAAAGAAGCUCGUCAAGAUUGAUUUAGUAUCAUCAUAUGUUGACUGAAAACAGGAAACGGCAGCGCAGUGGCGGUGAUGAGGAGAGCGGCCACCUGGUGCCCCAAGCCAAAAGGCAGAGCAGAGGUCACCCUCUCUCCCCUGAGCCAGGCCGAGAUGCCUGGGACUCUGAGUCAUCCAACAGCGAGAGCAGCAUCAGCAGUCCAGAACAUGCGGCUGGGACCUGCACCAGUCAGUGCGCUGUGGGCCCCUGCAGUCCCCUCAGCUCUGGGGACACCUCAGAACUGGCCGGCCCCACAAACCUGGUGACCUACCUGCAGAUCAACCGCAUCCUGAAGCAGGCCCACUUUCAGAGCCUGCAGAGCCGAGGCCACCUCAGAGACACAUGAUGACCUAAUAUGUGUCUUUGUCAGCCACCAGGGGACUGAGUCCCUGAGGCACUUCAGAGCAUCACAUGCUGAUUCACUUCACUCUGCUCUUCCCACCCAUUUCCAGUUACUGUGAUAUCUCGCAGUUCUACGUAUCUGUGGAUGGAGACCAGCUCCUGGUCAGGUAUCUGGAGGGGGUUCAUCAUUCAAAUUAAUCAAAAUGAUAACCAUUUUAGCAAUAAUAACUGUGUGAUCAACUUAAACAUUUUUUGUGAUCCACUUGAUUUCUGACCAGUCUGGUUUACAUGCUGCUCUCAGAGCGUUAUUGUGACUGAGUGAUGACGAUGAUGAUGAAUCCCUGUGUUUUGUCUUAAAUGUUGUAUGAAAACAGUGCUACUGUGGCUGCAAAAGUGGCAGCAAACACAAGUUUAGGCCGGUCAGUGUGACUCGUUUAGUCCUCUAGUAGGGUACGUGGGUUGUAUAAUGCUGAAUCUGAUGUCUGUGUAAGUACAUGGACCAGUCUCAGGGAGGAUUUGCACUUGUCUUGGACUGCUCAUUUACUUUCAUAUUCAGACAGGGACUCCUUUACAGGGACAUAUAGGUGCCAUGGAUGUUAACUUGACCAAGGAGGCUAUGCUUUCUGUUAGUUAUUUAAAAGCAUUUUUCCAGAGACUUCAGUUCAAUGUAGUGGAGAGUCAGACAGGGAAUUUUGAGCUUUUAACUUUCCGUCAAUUACUGCACAUUUUCUGUGGCACAUUUAUUCUAUAUUUAACUGUCAGUUGUUGUGGAACAGUUGUUCCUGGUGCGGAUUAAAUUUUUAGGAACAUAUUGAUUAUUGAAAUAACAUGCAGCCUGUCAUCAGCUAUAAUGUGUAUGUUUUAUUUUCUCCUGAUCAAAAUGACUUUGUGAUCUUGACCAUAAGAUUCUCUUCUUUUUUUUGUGAUCUCGAUGUAGCCCAUCCUGUCAUCUCAUGAUAAUUAAAUAAUGAUACUGUAGAUUCUGACACGGGAAUAAUCAUCUAUGAUCUGCAGCACUGCCAAAUGUCAUUAUUGACAUCAGAAUUUAAUGCCAUUAUUAUUGUGAACUGAUGCAGCGACAGCCAAAGGAGUCCACGUAAUACUACCAUGAUAUUCCCCUGUAGGGAGUGAUGGUGCACCUGUGGUUGUGAGCAGUUAUUUAACAAUAUAAUGACCUUGGACACAAAGUAAUAUCAAGUAGAGAUUGACUUUUGUGUAUGGACUAUAGAUGAUUACAUCUGGCAUGUCUUUUUUAAGAAUAGCUUUAUGUUGAAUCAAUCAUGAGAUGACAAAGCGUACUAUGUCGAUCAUGAGAGAAUCAUAGGAAUACUUUUAUUAUGAGUUUAGGUCAGAUAAAUGACGUUUGUGUUUUUUGUGGACAUGAAAAAAUGAAGUGAUCGUAACCAGCUUCUCAUGACCACAAAAAGACAAACAGAGUGAUAGCUACCCAUUAACUCUACAACCUUCCAUACUCCUUAAACUCUCAAGUGUGUGUGUGUGUGUGAGUGUGUAGGGCUGUUUGACAUUGCAUUUGAGCAUUUCUGUCCAGAGGGUGGGGUAACAGUACAGCCUUUUAGCAACAAAAGACAUUCCCCAGGCUUCGUUUGCAAUAUUACUGGAGCCACUACAAUGCUGUUUUAAUUGCGGACGAGCCUUUCUGCCUGUGCACUACCGUUUGAUGGUUGCUGUAUUUGUGUCCCUGUGCACUGAACAUCCAGGUACAAGCACUGACCGUCAGGCUGUGCGACUCUCCUUUCCUAAAGCGGGAUGGUCCUCAUCCCAGGAGUAAGCUCAGCUGUUUAGUUCUCUUGUUUUUUUCAGACUGGUGUCAGAAAUGAAAGCAUUUCAAAGAUGUGCUUUAUUUUUUUUUUCAAUUAUAUAUUUUUUGUAUUUAGUAAUGUACAUUACAUUAACCUGACAUUGACUUUUUUUUUUCUUGUAAAUACCCCUUCAUUUCAAAAAUAAA